CUCAACUAAAGCUCUUGCAACAGUUCCGAUCUGUUAAACAAUGCCAUCCAGUUUUCGAAGGCUUCUGCUAGCUCUACUGUGUUUAGUCCUAACGCCAAGAUCUGGUGGACAAUUAGAGGAAUGGUGCGUAGCCGAUGAGCAGACCCCGGCGGAUGAGCUGAAGAUGGCACUUGAUUGGGCUUGUGAGAAGGGAGGUGCAGACUGCAGUAAGAUACAAGAGAACCAAGCUUGUUACUUGCCUAAUACACUGGAACACCAUUCCUCUUAUGCUUUCAACAGUUACUAUCAAAAGUUCAAGCAGGAAGGUGCAACAUGUUACUUCAAUGCUGCUGCCAUGGUCACUGCACUUGAUCCAAGUCACAACUCUUGCAAGUUUGAGUAUAUUCCUUGAUGAAGAUCUGGGGGAUUUGCAGUGAGGUUUCAAGGUGGAAGCAGAGAUCACUGUAAAAGAGAUUCUUGUAUCGCUCUAAUACGAAUUAAUUUAUAUUUGAAUGUAUUGCUUUGCUUCGA